UUAUUUUCCCCUCUUUUUAACACCCAGCUUUAUGACAAUAUGGGGUCUACCAAUACUGCGUAGCUGCUUUCUUAUUGUCUGUUAUUAUUAUUAUUAUUAUUAUUAUUAUUAUUAUUAUUAUUAUUAUUAUUAUUAUUAAUAAUCAAAUAUCUAUUAUAUGCACAUUAAUAUAUAUAUAUAUUUUUUAAACCCUGCAAAAGAAAUUAAGCCCACGAAAAUGAGUGGCGGAGUAUACGGCGGAGAUGAAGUCGGUGCUCUGGUCUUCGAUAUCGGCUCCUUCUCCGUGCGGGCGGGCUACGCAGGUGAAGACUGCCCGAAGGCGGAUUUCCCGACGACGGUGGGCGUGCUGGUCCAGGACGACGCUGCCAUGGAGACCGACGGGGAGAAGGAGAAAAAAGGCGGGAAGAGCUACUUCAUCGACACCAACUCCCUACACGUGCCGCGAGAAAACGUGGAGACCAUGUCUCCUCUCAAGAACGGGAUGAUUGAAGAUUGGGAUUGCUUCCGGUCGAUUCUGGAUCACACCUACAGCAAGCACAUGAAGUCAGACCCUCGCCUGCACCCGGUCCUAAUGUCAGAGGCCCCGUGGAACACCCGAGCCAAACGGGAGAGACUGACGGAACUGAUGUUCGAACACUACAACAUCCCAGCCUUCUUCCUGUGCAAAACUGCCGUCCUCACCGCUUUUGCCAACGGCCGCGCCACGGGGCUGGUCCUGGACAGCGGUGCCACGCACACCACGGCCAUCCCGGUGCAUGAUGGGUACGUUCUACAACAAGGCAUUGUCAAGUCACCUCUGGCUGGGGACUUCAUCUCAAUGCAGUGCCGGGAGCUCUUCCAGGAAAUGAGCAUCGACAUCGUUCCUCCAUACAUGAUCGCUUCUAAGGAGCUUGUCCGAGAGGGGGCGCCACCGAGCUGGAAAAAGAAAGAGAAACUGCCACCAGUCACCAAGUCCUGGCAUAACUACAUGUGCAACGAGGUGUUUCAGGAUUUCCAGGCCUCGGUUCUGCAGGUGUCGGACUCUCCCUACGAUGAACAGGUCGCUGCACAGAUGCCGACGCUGCAUUUCGAGAUGCCCAGCGGCUUCACCUCGGACUACGGGGCGGAGAGGCUGCGGAUUCCUGAGGGGCUGUUCGACCCCUCCAACGUGAAGGGGCUCUCUGGGAACACCAUGCUGGGGGUGGGGCACGUCGUGACCACCAGCAUCGGGAUGUGUGACAUCGACAUCCGGCCCGGUCUCUAUGGCAGUGUCAUCGUCACCGGGGGCAACACUCUCCUGCAGGGGUUCACGGACCGUCUGACCCGGGAGCUGUCACAGAAAACCCCCCCGAGCAUGCGUCUGAAGCUGAUUGCCAGUAACAGCUCUGUGGAGCGUCGCUUCAGUCCCUGGAUAGGAGGCUCCAUCCUGGCUUCACUGGUGAGGCUCUGAUAGGCUGACUGACUCUCACUUUAUCAUCCUAGUGAUGGGGCACGUUUCAGCAGAUGUGGAUUUCGAAGCAGGAGUACGAAGAGGGAGGCAAGCAGAGCGUGGAGAGGAAGUGUCCCUGAGUCACACAGCCGACCCGGGGUCGAGACCGAAACACAACCCCCGCGUCUACGACACGCGUUCCCCGAGCUCCGAGCUCCGAGCUCCGGCCAGGCUGGGCCGGGCGGGGCGGGGUUUGUGUAAUGGUUAAAAUAAAUAAAUAAAUAAAUAAUAAUAAUAAAUAAAAUAACUUGUUGAACGCGGGGAACAAAAACAAAACAAAACAAAAAAAAAACAUUUUUUAAAAACUGCAGCUUUAUUCAUCCAAUUGCUUUUGAAGGAGGUUCCCUCAAAAGCGAUUGGAUGAAAACCGCUUUAUUUUUGGUACUGCAAAAACUGUUAUAAAAUUAGUACUCAUGUGCCAUAAUAAACCAUCGUAAAAGCGUGUGAUUUCUGCCGUACUUGUGACAUCUAGAGGAUAAGUGGUGUAAUUACAUCUCAUUUAGAUUCAACUGUAUUGUUAUUAUUUAUUUAUUUAUUUUUUAAAUGGCUUUUAAUGUUUGUGCAUCUUCACGCACACGAUGUAUAAUGUGAGAUAACGAAGGUUUUGGCUUUCUUACGUUAACCAUGCAUUGGGACUGCGAGUUGAAAAAGCCUGAACCGCCCUAGUGUACAACCAGCAACUGUAAGUACGGGUUUUACAGUGGAGAGCGUGGAUCUGGCGCCCUCUAGCGGCUCCACCGCGCUGUGUCAGGGGGUGUCGCUGUGUAACGAGGCGUGCUGGAUUGUGACGAGCUUGUGAAACGCCAGCGCAGUAAAUAAAUACACUGUUUAUUAUU